AUGGGUUCCCAAAAGGGACUCAGUGAGUCCGGAGUAGGAAUUCCCAAUUGGAGUCCGCCGGCGUGUAUCGAGAGUAUCACAAAGAAAUCCUCCAACAAAUUGGCAAUAGCUGACCAUGGCCGUUGCCGGAAGAUGACUAUGGGACCUCGUCGCCCUGUACAAGGUAGCGAACUAUCGUACCAGCCCGUGUCGAUCGACGGCGAAGCAGAAUGGGAGGGCAGUUGCGAUUUACAAGGCUUUUCUGGAACCAGUCAUGCAAGACAGUCUCUGCCCUCCUCAACAAGUUCGAGUCUCUCGCCGUGUUGCGACUCCGGUACAAUUAUGGCUUUUGGUGCCUUGGGCGUCUUGAACAAUAUGCCUUACGUCAUCAUGCUAGCCGCAGCGAAGUCGAUUUCGGAAGGAGGGACCGCUUUGGUCUAUUUGGCGAACGUCGUACCCGGAUUGAUAGUCAAGAUUUCGGCACCAUAUUGGUUCGACAGAGUCUCCUACCGCCGGCGUCUGUGGACUGCGUCCCUAUUAAUGGGUACCGCAUUUGUUUUGGUGGGUCUCUGUUCUCGGGAGUCGAUCGACGAAUCAUCAUCGCAGACUGUUUCGUCGCGUACUUAUGGGCAGCUUUUGGGAGUGGCCUUGAUGAGUGUACAGUGUGGAUUGGGAGAAGCAUCCCUAUUGGCGUUGGCUGGCGGGAUGGACGCGGCGGCUUUGACGGCCUUUUCGUCAGGUACCGGUGUAGCGGGCCCCGCUGGGUACUUGUGGAAAAUUGUGCUCACGAGCAGCCUCGGAUGGUCCCUCCGGCGGAUCGCGUAUACGGCAAUCCUCCUGCCUAUCCUUUACGCUGGAAUCUACCAACGUUGUAUUGAACCAAUCCUUCGGGGAGACGCUGGGGACGUAGUUCCUGAGUACGACACCUCCCAAUUGGAAGGACCGAGUAUUCGCGAUCGACGUCCGGAAACGGAUGUCCCGCUUGUUCCUGGAGAGACGACGGGAUUGGGGGAAGAGCUACAAGUCGUUGACCGCAGUCGUAGCACUUGCGAUAACGACACAUCUCGCGAAGAUUGCACCAACGGGAGCGAUGCGUCGCAAGACCCACUUUUCACGGUUCCGAUUGCGUCCAUGACUGGGACGCAAAGAUUUCACCGAGUAUUGUCACUGUGGAGGUACAUUGUUCCUCUCUUUACAGUGUACGCUGCAGAAUACGUUUGCCAAGCAGGGGUGUGGACCGCUCUCGGAUUUCCCGUAUCAAACGCGGCCUCCCGGAAUCACGCUUAUCAAACCGCCAACGCGUGCUAUCAAACGGGGGUACUGGUAAGUCGUAGUAGCGGCAACUGUUUCCGGCUAAGUCUUGUAUGGCUCUGGAUUUUACCUGGAUUGCAAAUCGUCAAUUUGGUCUUUUUCACGUACGUCGCCGCGAACGCGCCGGAUGCGGACACGGAGGGGGGACGCUGGUUCUGGUACUACACACCCACGGUCUUGUACGGUGCGGCCGUUGGAACUGGUUUGCUUGGUGGUGGCGUCUAUAUUCACGGAUAUCAGCGCGUGGUCGCGGACAGCACCCAAAAGGACCACUGUGAGUUUGCUUUGAGUUCCGUUUCGGUCGCCGAAGGUCUGGGGGUUGGAUUUGCGGAUAUUCUGAGUUUGUGGUGGCAGUCCUGUCUGUACAAGGCCAAUAAUCUGGCGGGAGCCGUUGUCUCCUGCCCAUUCUGAAAUCACCUGGGAAGGAUUUAGAAAGGUAUCGGGCGGUAAG